UCUGUCUAAUAUCCAUGAAAGAACCCUCUAUGUUGCGCCGGAGGAGACCCAAUUCGUCGAAGAAACUCAAACUCGUUUGCAGCUUCAAUGGCCGAUUCCAGACGCGUCCGCCCUCUGGUAAGCUUGGUUACGUCGGCGGCGAUACUCGUAUCAUCUCCGUCGACCGAGGCAUCGGAUUCUUGAAACUUCGGUCUAAGAUCUCAGAGCUCUGCCCCGAUAUCCGUUCCUUCUCUCUCAAAUACCGCCUUCCCGAGUCGGAUCCUGUUCACGGUGACACCACCAAUCUUGUUUUGAUCGCUUCCGACGAUGACGUUCGUUGCAUGGUCGAUGAGUACGAUAAGAUGGACUUCUACGGACAGCAAACAAGAUUGAGGAUUUUCGUUUGCCGUGAUAAUGGGUAUGUUAACGUGAAUCUCCCCAUGAAUUGUAUUGAAAACAUAAAUGAUUAUGUGUGUGGGAAAAAGGGGUUUGGUGUUGAGGGGAAAGAGACUUGUGUGAAGGGUGUGAGUGAUUUUGGUGAUUAUAUUAGUAAUGUGUUUCAAAGUCGAAAUAGUGGGAGCUAUUUGUUUGGACUCCAGUUUGAUACUAAGGAAAUCAACAAUCCGGCGACUGUUGUGGCCGGAGGCCGGUAUAGUGAUCGUUCACUGAGAAAAGUGAUCUUGAAACAACAGUUGUCGGCAAAGAAACCGGCUCCAAUUAGCAGUUUUUGCAGUGGGGAAAGGGAAUUUAGGCGUUCUGACGAGCGAAAAUAUUGUUACCCACUUAUAGAUUUAGCCCCUGAAGCAUUAGUCCCAAAGAGUAAACAAACUGCGAAUCUGAAUUUUGAACACCCGCGUGAAGUGAAUAUUUUGAUUUGCAAAACUGAGGAUGCCCUUUCUCCAGGAAAUCAAAAUUUUGAAAAUUUGGUAAGGAAUGGAAAUACAAGGGUGGAUGGGAGUAGUCCCAGGCAGUGUUUGUUGAGGCUGUCUGGGUGUAAUGGAGGUGGAAUGAAUCAAGGCAUUUCAAAUACAUCCAGUGAGGUGGUUCAGUUUCCACAGCUGUCAUGUAAUUCAAGUAUCAUUUCGUUGUCAAGUGGUUCUAAUGCUAAGCAGGACUUGAGAAACAUGGACCCUAUGUCAUGGACUAAUUUCAACAGGAAAAACAUGCCAUGUCCUGCAAAUUAUGAUUUGGGGAAGAUUAGUUUAUUGCCGCUUUCUUGCAGCAAUGAGAUGGUGGGAAGUGCUUCUCCAAUGAAAAUCCUGUCUGCUAGAGAUAGGGCGUUGGGGGGUGAUCUUCAAAGUGGCAUCCGCAAGCAUAGGUUUGGCCUGUGUGAUACCAGAAAUCAUCGGAUGUGUUUAUAUCACAUACGUAACCAUCAGAGUAAUCUCUCCGAGAUGGGUAGCAAUCAAAAUUUGAGGUUGGACGGAAGGUCUUGGUCAGGGCGAUGCUGUCCUGGGCUCAGACCAAACCCAAACAUAGCAAAACAGGGGCAAUCUAUGAGAUCAUACCAUCCAAAUUAUUUGAAGCCAUUGUCUUGCACACACACCCAUACACUGCAAGGAUUGAUGAGAAUGAUGGACUCUAGCUUAAAUAGUCACUCUUGCUCCCAUGAUCUCCAAUAUGCCAAUGAGAACAUAAGAGACCAGGGUAUCCUUGCAUCUGAAUAUGGAAGCCCAAAUAUUGAGGAAUGUAAAUUUGCCUACCAUGGUGCAUAUGCUGGCAUGGGCAACCCACCCCUCUUGUUUCGUAAUGCUGUUGAGAACCCAUUGAAGGACGGUUUCUUAACUGAUUCUGGUAGUGGGAUGCAUGAAGUUCCACAUCAGAACCCUUACCAGAAUUGUCACAGAGUGCUCACAAAUUGUGAAUCUGGUUGUUAUGAUUCAAGGCAACCAUUCUCAUUGAGCCCUCAGAAAGUUGACAAUAUUUCUGCCUUUCUGAAUUAUCCAGGUUAUAGCAAAGGAACAGAACUGAGAUGCAACAGUAAGCUGUCAGAUAGGGAAGCAGGUAUUGAGUCAUUAAGCACUCAUCGUGAUGGUGCCCAUACUUUACAAGGUGGAGUUGCAUCUCCAGUUGAUCUUUCAUUGGGUAAUCUUUCAUUGUCAUCAUCCAAAGAAGUGGAACCUCUUGCACUUUCUUCUCAUGUUGACAUUGAUGUUUCUGAAGCCCUACUAAAGUCUCAAUCGAAGCAUUUGGAUCUCAUAGAUGGACACUCAAGCCCAGAAGCUUACAACUCAAAUGGAAUGGAAUCCGGUUCUCUCACUGGGAAUGCAACCAAAUUGGGAAAUGAUUAUGUGCAUAAAGAAGAAAUCCAACUGGACCCUUCAUCUGAUUUAAGCAUUGAUGAAAAGGUUUGCAUUAAAGAAAGCCAUAAAGGCUCUAAGCUAAUUGGUGGAGUAUCUAGUGACCUGGCUGCAUUUUAUUCUCUUCUAUCCACUAGAGAGCUGCAGACUAUAAAAAAUUCUGACCUGGAAUACAUAAAAGAACUUGGUUCGGGUACUUAUGGAACUGUAUCUUAUGGAAAAUGGAAGGGGUCCGAUGUUGCCAUUAAGAGGAUAAAACCCAGUUGCUUCACAGAAGACACAUUGGAGGAGGACCGAUUGGUUGCAGAGUUCUGGAAGGAGGCCCACAUACUAGGGCAGCUUCACCAUCCAAAUAUUGUGGCAUUCUAUGGUGUAGUUACAGAUGGACCUGUGACAAAUUUGGCAACGGUAACAGAAUACAUGGUGAAUGGCUCUCUUAAACAAGUGUUGCAAAAAAAAGAUCGAACAAUUGAUCAUCGGAAGAGAUUAAUUAUCGCUAUGGAUGCAGCCUUUGGUAUGGAAUAUCUACAUGGGAAGAACAUUGUUCAUUUCGAUUUAAAGUCUCAUAACUUGUUCAUGAAUAUGAGGGAUCCUCAGCGACCAGUUUGCAAGAUUGGUGACCUGGGCUUGUCAAAAAUUAAACGGAGGACACUCAUCUCUGGUGGGUUACGAGGAACUAUACCAUGGAUGGCUCCAGAACUUUUUAACAGUAAGAAUGACUUGGUAACAGAAAAGAUUGAUGUAUACUCAUUUGGAAUAGUCAUGUGGGAACUCUUGACUGGGGAGGAACCUUAUGGAAAGUUGAGCUCAGAGGAAAUAAUAGCUGGUAUAAUCAAAGGCAAUCUGCGACCCAAAAUUCCAACCUGUGACCCAGCAUGGAGAUCAUUGAUGGAGAGGUGCUGGUCAUCUGAUCCUGGCUCUAGGCCGGAUUUCUCAGAGAUUGCUAAGGAGCUACGUGUUAUGUCUGCAGCCAUGAACAUCAAGUGACUUCCACAAGAUGGCUGGCUAUGUCAAAUUAAGAGUCCUUUUGUGUAAAUAUAAUGGGGGCCUAGGAACAUGGGCAUGUUGAGAUGGGAUAAAUUUUCUGUCCACUGUCGGGUUUGAUAUGAACAGUACUCCCUUGUUUUGCUGAAAGCUGAACCAGGCAAAGCCUUUCUCAGUAUCACCAGCAUGAGAUAGAGAGUCUGGAAACAGGGGCCUAUGUGUGAACAACAAACAGUUUUUGUAGUUCAUUAAUGAAAAGACAAGGCCUCUGUGAAUCUUGUUUGUAUUGUUUGUUCACAAAGCUAUAAAUAGCAAUGCACUGUUUUACAGAAA